AUGGCGGAGUAUUCAGGAACGCAUUUUCGAGUUCACGUUGAACCCACCAUAUCAGAGCCGCUGCCUGUGAACGUUGAGAGGCAUCGUUGCCAUGGAAACGCGUCCCUGUGCGGCAAACUGCCCUUUAAAGGAGGCUCCAGAAAACAGGAAAAGCAAGCAAAAAAAGGAGACCACUUUCAGAGUUUGGUGCGGGUUGAGUUUGGAACAUUGCUGGGAGAGUCAGAUGAGAAGCAGGGUAACCCUAUGCAGGACUUUAUUGACUAUAAAUUUACCUGCAUCUUCCGCUGUCCAAACGACGCUAAGGCUCUCAGUGACAUUGCCCAAAAACCGAUCGUAUUGACAGUGAUAGAAGUCCUGGCUGAGGAGAAGAAUGAUGAACCAAGACAAGUGCCUCUGGGCCAGGCUGUUGUUGACCUCCUACCACUGUUACAAGGUCAGUGCAGUUUCUCAUCCACAGUCUCUGUCAAUUCGGUGCCCAACCCCCGGGCCGAAUCCACCUACACCGGCCUCAAGCUGUCUACCCUCAAUGUGAGUGUCAGUGUGUUGGAUCCAAUACUGUCCGAAGCUGACCUCUCAGCCUCUAAUCUACUAAAGGUAACUUUGGAGACAGCCUACUCUGUCCCAGACUCAUGGAUGCUGCCAUCCGGCCCUGCUCCCACUACCUUCACAUACACUGCUGCCCUAGAGAUCCCUCUUACUACAGACCAAGACCAAGUGCUAGUGUUCCCUGAAGGGCAGCUGAAGCAGGGGGGGCAGAGAGAAGAAAAGGAACGUCAGAAGAAGAGGUCCCAUAGGGACACACUAGUUCCAGAGAACCACUUCCUGCCUGGAGUCUUUUUCAAGCCAGAGGAAAUUGAUCAGAAGGAUGGCGAGCUGACUGCUUUAGAGGACUGGGCAUUUCGUGAUGAGGCAGAGACCACAAAGAACAGAGUGAGCUGGGACCCAGAGAUGUACUGCUUUCUGGACGCAGGGGGAACUACAAGGCUGAAGCAAAGGAUAACUAAGAGCAGAUGGGCAGUGGAGAUCAUGAGGUCAUUGGCUCCAUUAUCAAAGGUUAGUGCUGAGGACUCAGAAAUCCCCUUCCAUGGUUUGGCAUUUAUAGACUUUGGGCAGCUGCUGUAUCCUGGAGUCCAGCGAAUCCGAGGAGCAUACAGCGUUCAGCCUUUCUCUGAGGAAGAUUUGCUGAAUAAGGCCAAGCAAAGCAUCAGUGUGUUAAAGGAAAAAGCUAAGGAAGCUGCCAGCCAGGCCAAAGAUAUUGCCAGCUCUAACAAAGCAGGAAAGAACAUGAAUGGAAGCAACAAGGGACCCACAGAUUCCAAUGAGCAAGGCAAAAAGAUGUAUGUGGAGGCCAGAACUUACAUUAUCAUUGAGAUAACGUUGGAGAAACCGCUGAUACCAAAAACAUCACCAGAAGAGCUAGCCCAAAGGGUGACGGCAUUGAUCCCUCCCAAACCUAAACAUCCAGCUGGUCCUAGUAGAGCAGAAAGACUAGUGGUCAGGCACCCAAAUGAGCCCACCUAUAUGUUUGAGUGGGGAGGCCUGUACAUGCUGACCGGAGACUACCUGAAGGCAAAAGAGUGUUAUCAUGAUGCUGUGUCUAUCGACCAAGUGCACCAACCAAGCCUGAUGAUGUGUGGGGUAUUGGCAGUGAUGUUUGAGCAUUACAGUGAGGCCCAGACUUUCCUUGAGCGAGCCACCAGCCUAGACCCUCUCAGCGUGGUGGCCUGGACGCUGCUGGGUUUGUUCCAUGUGGGUCAGAACGACUCCAUCCAGGCUGAGAGGGCUUUUAUGGAGGCCACAAAGCUGUUGAAUGCAGAAGAGGCAAAAAAGCAAGAGCAGAAGGAAGAGAACAAGCAGGAGGCAGAUGAAACGACCAACUCUCCCAGAGUUAUGCAAGAACUUGUUGACCGGGAUUCAGAGAUGCACAAAGAAGAGCCUCCAGCACUGAGUGUCAGCUUGAAAUCAGCUCCUGUUACUAUUUACACACAGACCAUCCAAUUCCUGCUGCAGAACAAUGCACUGCAGAUGGCAGAAGUUGCUCUAUCCAAAGAGCUCCUAUGUUCAGAUGGCGGUCGCAGUGCUUCCUACUUCCUUCAUCUGGCCCAGUUGCAGCUGCUCAAAGCAGACUACUGCAGUGCUGGUGCCAACCUCAAAGAGGCACUGUCCAGCAUAGAUCAGGUUUCUUCAUGUAACUGCGUUUCUGCUGCUAGAGGGUGUGGGGAGCUACAGCCUCGUCCCCCAGGGCAUGAAGCAGGCAUGGAGAAGAUCCAGGCCCCAGAGUGCGAGAGCCCAAGGAGGACCCAUCAGAGGGGCAACCGUGCCACCCUCCUGGGAAGAGCUGAGGAGAGCCACAGACAAGGGGUCACCUGGCAGGGAGUGUGGUGA